AAUAGAAAAGAGAGAAUAAUUUUUUAAGGUUGGAAAGCUGAAUACGUCGGAUGUAAAGUCGAAGAAGGCCAGCAGCAGCAUCAGCUAAACUCAUUGGUGGUUGUGGUAGUGGUAGGUAGCUUCCAUGACCAAAAGCGGGUUAGGUGAAACCAAAAGUCGACGACGACUCACUUCCUUCCUUCACCUACGCCGGCUCUUUACUUAAAUUUCCCCUUUCCCCAUCUUCUUCUUUCAGUUUCUUCUCCCCAAAUUUUCCCUUCAUUUUUUUUUUCUAAAAUGGAGGCCACUUUGUUUUUUACUUCCCCUUCUGCAACUCCUUCCCCUCUUCUCUCCAAACCCACUUCCCUUUUUCCCUCUAAUCAUCGCUCCUUGCCUCUCUCUUCCCCUGCGCUUCAUGGGGUUCUCAAUCUUCGCUCUGUUCAAGCCUCUGUUGCCUCUGUUGGACCGUCCCCUAAAGCUAGGGUGGAUAUCAGUGAGAACUUGACCUUAGAGGCAAUAAGACGCUCAUUAAUCUCCCAAGAGGACAGCAUUAUCUUUAGUCUUUUAGGGAGAGCUCAAUACUGUUAUAAUGGAGAUACAUAUGACCCCAGUGCUUUCUCCAUGGAUGGCUUCAAUGGCUCUUUGGUGGAGUACUUGGUCAUGGAAACUGAAAAGCUGCAUGCUCAGGUGGGAAGAUACAAGAGUCCUGAUGAGCAUCCUUUCUUCCCCAACGACUUACCAGCUCCACUGUUGCCUCCACUUCAGUAUCCACAGGUACUACAUCAUGCGGCGGAUUCCAUUAAUAUAAAUAGCAAAGUAUGGAGAAUGUACUUCAGGGAUCUGAUACCAAGAUUAGUCAAGGAAGGAGAUGACAGCAAUUAUGGUUCAACUGCUGUUUGUGACACGAUUUGCUUGCAGGCUCUAUCGAGGAGAAUCCAUUAUGGAAAAUAUGUAGCUGAAGCCAAGUUUCGAGACUCACCCAAGGCAUAUGAAGCUGCAAUUAGGAAGCAAGACAAAGAGCAAUUGAUGGACAUGCUGACAUUCCCGAGCGUCGAGGAGGCGAUAAAACGGAGAGUUGAAACUAAAGCCAAAACAUUUGGGCAAGAAGUUCCUAUGAACAUCGAGGAAAAACAUGCUGCCCCAGUUUACAAAAUACAGCCCAGUUUGGUUGCUGAACUUUAUGGUGAAUGGAUCAUGCCAUUAACAAAGGAAGUUCAAGUUCAAUACUUGUUGAGAAGACUGGAUUGAUUUGCUUAAGUUUUUCAUAAUCAAUGUUUAAAAUGGUAAAUAGGAUUAGAGCAACAAAAAGGUGGUGUGAUUGUUAUUGAAUAAUGAUAGAAGUUCACUAGUGUUACAGCAGAAUAAUUAAGAAUUUUCUUGUAGUUAAAGUGAUUGAAGUUAUAGUCUCCAACAAGGGUAAUGAUUCGAAUCUGCCACUCCCUGUUGUAGUAAAAAAACUUUGUAAUAUGAAGUAUUCAUAUGUUUAUUAGUUUAAUAAGAGGUUGAACGUUUGUUACUCUA